AGGUGGUUUGUAUGAGUUAAGUACCCUUCCCCUCGAUGGACGACAAGUCUACCGCUUCGUCCCCCAAAUGACUCUUCAUGUGGUGUACUUUUUAAGGUUCACCUCAGCACAGCUUCGUGUGAUGUAGUACAUCAACCCGUGUUGCGAAGCUGGCAGGAGGAUAAUUCACUGAUUCGCGGACCCCUUAUUUUUUCAGAAAAAUUUAAAUUUAAUAUCAACUUGCUAUUGCUUUUUCCCCUCGUCGUCCGAUGACAGGUUAGAAGAAGAUGGGUGUUAGUGGUUUAUUUUUCAACUAAACUUCUGCCUUCUUUUUUCUGCUUCGUUCCCCCCAGCCCAGCAGCUUUUCAAGUUCAGCAAGAGAAAGAAUCUGCAUCAUUUCGGUCCAUCAUGGGAUCCUCUCAGGGUUCGGAAGCAGCUGCAGAUGAAUAUGAGCAGUACGAGUCGCACGGGCAACACGAAGGAACAUCAUCAAGAUCACAGCAGCACGACCACGACCCAGCAGCACGUUUGCGCGCAAGCCAGAAGCGUGCGCGUCGGUCGGCUGCCGGUGCAGGGGCCGAUGGUGUGGAGGAGGACAAGUAUGGAGAAAAUACUCUUAAUUCCCCCGGCCGCGGAACAACUGGAUCCUGCUCCAUGGAGGACUUGUACGAGGUGGAGCGCCGGCUACUCCAGUACGCCGGCGUUUCUGUGAAGAUGCGCGAUGUGAUUUUACCGCGCGCGGGGGAGAGCAUCCGGUAUGCGCAAGUGCAGGGCACGGGAUCGCUCGGCAACGGGCGCCCCAUGGUUCUCGUGCACGGCUUUGCCGGGGGCCUCGCGUGCUACUACCGCAUGAUGAAGUACCUCGCCGAGCGCUGGCAGGGCACUCUGUACUUCCUGGAUCUGCCGGGGAUGGGCUGCAGCCUGCGGAAGGAGCGGCACUUCGACACGCCGGAGGAGGUGGAACGGUUUUUCGUGCGCCGCCUGAAGUUCUGGCUAGAUGUCGUCCUCCCCUGGUACCCAGAGUUAACGACCAAAGGGAAGAUGAACAACGGCAGAAGUAGUAGUAGAACAACAGGAGCUGCUGGCGCAACCCCAUCCUCGAGCGGAGACCGCAUUCUGCAGGUUCAGGUCGACAAGGGACGAAAGCGUGUCCAGCUGCACGAAAAGUUUGUGCUCGUGGCGCACAGCUUCGGGGCGUAUCUGAGCACCGCUUUUGCGAACGAAGUGAAGCCGCGGGUGGCCGGCCUCAUCCUCCUGAGCCCCUGUUUCGGGUUUCCGAAAUCCCGGGCCCCGAAAGAGACGGAGAAGACGUACGCGGAAAGCGCGAUCGAAGCUCUGUUUGACAUGCUGCAUUCCUCGGGCGGACCUGGCGCCAUUGCCCGGGACACGCUGGGGCAGAGCUGGGGCGAAUACUUCUUCAAGGGGUAUCUGCAGCGCUCUUUUCUCGUUUCGCCGGCGGCUCCCGGCGGGACGGGGGCCGACGCACUGUCCGCAGGUGGGGUAGUUGUUGGCGGCGGUCGCAGAAGUACCAAAAAUGGCUCGUACGCCGCGCCAGCCAGCCGCCACGCGAAUGCGCUUGCGAUCCCGAGUGCAGCAGCAGGUCCACCUCGGGGCGCGCAGCACCACGACCAAAGGGCGCAGCUACAGCUCGACGAUGGUCAUGCCUCCGCGCAGCGAGACAUAAUUUUUGACCAGAACAGCAGGAACAUCAACGGAACACCAAGACCAGGAGGUGUUCAUUUUCAUAAGCAGGCUUCAUCUACCGACGCGCAAAUGGAGCGUGACGCCCUGAUCGACUACCUUGGCGCCAUCAACUUCGAUGCGCCGCGCGGCACGGAGCGCGCUUUUGGUGCCGUGUUCGGGAGCUACUUGGUGAAUAAGGCUGAGAUACCGCUCAUCGAGCGCGUGAGCCUGGACGGGAUUCCGUUGAUAUCGUUCUACGGAAACGAGGACUACAUGGAUAAACAGGGAGCCUCGUUUCUUGGUGACGUUGGCGUAAUUGAGGGCGGCGUCACACAUGUGAUGCAGUUGGAGUAUCCAAGGCUGGUCACUCGCUGCAUUCUCUACUUCGUGAAGCACCACAUAGAAGAGACACCCUGCUGCAGCGACAUAAUCUCCGAGGUAGGAACUGGAACCACUGCAACCACGCAGCAUCAAGAACAAACCACGGCUAGUACGACACGAACUGGAUCUUCUACUUCAGCGGAGCCUGCUGCUUGCGUGCUACCUGCUCAAGAAGAUCGUCAGGAGGAGGAGCGUUUGUUUUUUGAUCCGCUCCCACGCACAGAAACUCAAACUAUUGGAGCUGCCAACGCGUGGUCUUCACAGUACGAGAGUUUACCGUUUGUUGAAGCAGCCGAGGAGAAUGAUGAAAAAAGAGAUGUUGAAGACGGCACCAGUGGCGCUUCCAACGUCGAAGUUCUUGCUGAUCAUCAAAAUGAAGGCCAAAUGCAGGUCGGCCGCCGUGCGCGAGGAUCAAGCGAUGCUUCCUCAUAUUCAAGUACGACCGCUUCCACGAGCGGCCAAAAAACUGGAGCGUCGUCCUCCGCUUCCUCCUCUACUGCGGGCGGAGGGGAACAAACUGGUCUCAGGCCGACAGAUGAUGGCUUCUUGGAACCCAGCUACACUGGUGUCAACCCACCUGAUACUAGCGACGCCAUAGCGUCCGUAAGCUGCAAUGUCAAUGAGCAGCACUUAUUGGACCACAGAGGACACGACGACGAGCAGGGACGAGGCAUGUUUGGACCCGGGCCGCCCAAGGGGGAGAUGUUGGCCACUCCUUCUUGUUCAGCCUCUUCAAGAGUUGUGAACAAUAAGACGCCAGCGGUGUACAUCGCACCACUGCUUCCGCAUUUGGCCCAACCGCCGGGAUCAUCUUCACAGCACGACCUGCUUCAACAACAAAAUAGCACCAGCUCCAUUGGCUCGAAUAAAGCUGCAGCAUCCCUUGGGGGCGACAAGUCAUAUUCCCGUCGGCCCUACAAAAAGAUUGUGAAGCUGAAAAAGCGAGCGGGAGUUUGGUGGUUGCCGUACGAGACUUCGCAGGGCCUAGCCGACAUCCGUGAAUUUCGGAAGGAUUACGACGGGACGAACCAAAACGACGAGGAUGUGAAUGCUGCCAACAAACCGAAACCCAAGGUGAAAAUUGAGAUCAGACAGCGCCGAGUACCCAUUGUUUACGAAUAGUACUGUGAGUAUGAUAUCUCAAAGUGUUACAGGCAGCACGACCCCGGCGUACUUAUCACUCGCUAUUACUCCCAAAGCAUAAUAAUUCGCUCACGCAGUCGCUGAUAGUUCUUGCUCGAACGAAAAGGCGAGAGAACCCUGACACCGAAAUAACCGUGUAACCGUAAUAAGUCUCUACUCACUGCCUCGCUUGCAUUUCAAUUUCCGUAUUGAAGCUCGUUUUGCACAGA